AUGGCCCUCUCGCAAGUAACAAUGGGUAUACAUCCCCUAGGAUCCGGGCGUCCUUCUCCUGCUAGGAUUACGUCGACACUUGACACUCAGGUUCUAGCGGGUAAGGGCAGGAUAGCGGCUAGCAAACAAUGGGCAGACGAGCCAUGGCCGCUUAUCGAGCCGCCGUCUCGGACUCGACGUACCGGACAUCCGGCGCAACACAUCGCCAACGAGGUAGCGCACACACACAACGCGAUGCUGCGCGGCCUCAACGCGCUAUAUCUACAAGCUCCGUUUAUACAGAGGCCCGCGGACGUAGCUGACUUCUGCUUUCUGGCACACGUGUGGGCUGCUUGGGUCAGGGACUAUCAUAGCCACAGGGAGGGCGUUAUGAUACCCAAGUUUGAGGAGGCGUUGGGGUUGGAAAGGGGGGGUUUGAGGGUGGCUUUGACUUUUGCUAAGGGUGAGGGCGAGGGCGAGGGCGAGGGCGAAGGUGAGGGAAAAUGGAUCGGGGAUAAGAAUGGGAAGGGCAAGGGCAAGGGCAAGGAGAAGGAAGGAGAGGGAGAAGGGGGAGAAUAUAACUCAGAGGAAAACAUACCGGCGCUGUUACAAAACAUCCUCAACUAUACCGCCGCAACACACGCCGACCCGUCCUCCUACUCCCCCUCAACCCUACAAUCCCUCCUAUCUUCUCUUGCCAACCCCCUCGUCCCGCACCUGCACAGCCAAAUCCCCCUCCUCCAACAGAUGCAAGAUCUCUGCCUAGCCCUCGACUCCCCCCUAUCGUCCACACCCCAAUCCCAAUCCCAAUCCCACUCCCAUUCCCACUCCUCAUCCACCACACACUCCCCCUCCUCCACCCCCCCAUCAACCCGCCCCUCCACCCGCCCCUCCUCCCUGCGCUCCCCCUCCUCCGGCCCCGCCAAAUCCACCCUCCUGACCAAAACCCACCUCGCCGCCACCACCGCCUUCAGCGCCUCCCUGGACCCCUUUACCGCGCUGCCCAUGGUCGUGCGCCUGCGCGACAUCACGUACGACGGCCGCACCCACGACGGCGGCGUCUGGCCGCGCCUCUCCGUCCCCGCCCUCCACGCCGUCGCCGACCGCCUGUCCCCCAAACACGCCGGCGCCUGGCGCUUCCUGCCGUGCGACGUGUGGGGGCGGCCGAGGGAGUUGGAGUUUCUUGCGGAGCCGGAGCGGGCUUGA